UUUUCAAGCUUUUACCGCGAAACCGAGCAGGAGGGAGUGGUGACUAACUGUCCUGAUGAAACCUGCUCGAGGUUCAGCUCGAUCCUCCACACAGCGUCCUAAAGGUGGAAGUCGAGGUGGAAGAGGGUUCCAGCAACAAAGUCAAAAACCAUUGCCUAAUGAUCGGAGUACGCAAGACAAGUCGAGCAAGAGCAGCGCAGUGUCUGCGGUGGCUGGAAAAGCCCAAAAAGGCCAAAAGCUGAGAAGACAGGAGAAUUGGAAGCCGUUGAGCAAAUCCAACAUUGCAGCCAUUGACAACGUGCUGGGUUUGUCAAUACUAUCUGUUCUCACAAUGAGGAGGAAAGAAAAAGAGGAAUCGCAGAAACACCUCAACUUACUAAAGGAUCAGUUCCUAGCAAAAUGUGCCCAGCUCCCCGUGCCGUCACGGAAAUCGGAAAACAUGAUGCAGGUGUCCCAGCAGUUCCAGGAAGAGCGCCAGAAGAUUAACCAUGGCAAAAAAAAACUUCAGGCAUACGAGGAGAGCAGUAGAGAAGUGCUUAGCAAGCUGGAACAGCUGCAGGGAACGAGGGACAUUUUGGAGGACAAGUGCAGGAUCAUGAGGGACAAACUGGAGACAGAAGAGGAAAAUGCACAGGAGGUACGCACUAAACUUACUCAGCUGUCUGAGCAAGCUGUCCUGCGCCUUCCUGCUUUACCAACGCAUUCUGAUGAUGAUCCUACAUUACAGGAGCAGAUGAUGAGAAUGGUGCCCAAUCCCAAAGCUGUCAUGAAGGCUCCUCAGAACAGUAAAGUAACAUGGCAUGUGAACAACUUCCUGGAAAUGGCACAUAAGCAGGCAGAUCUGCUAUUGACACACCCUGUGACUACAGACAGUGGGGACAGUGUCCUGUAAUUUUUCCUGUUUUUUUUUUUUUUCCUUUUGUUUUUGUAAAAGUGAAAGUAUUUUAUUACAAGAGA